AAAACCGCUUUAGCGUCACAAAGAAGUGAGCAGCCAGAGCAACCAGAGAGCCCCGAGGAACCCAGAGAACCAAGAAAACCCAUAGAACUAAGAGAACUCUGAGAACCCAGAGAACCCAGAGAACCCAGAGAGCCCGGAGGCAUGGAUCUGCGCUCGGAGCUUCUCAAGUCCAUCUGGUACGCCUUCACGGCGCUGGACGUGGAGGAGAGCGGCAAGGUGUCCAAGUCGCAGCUCAAGGUCUUGUCCCACAACCUGUGCACGGUUCUGAAUAUCCCACACGAUCCCGUGGCCCUGGAGGAUCACUUCAGGGAGGACGACGACGGGCCCGUCUCCACCCAGGGGUACAUGCCGUACCUCAACAAAUACAUCCUCGACAAGAUGCAGGAGGGGUCGUUUGUGAAGGAGAACGUGGACGAGCUCUGCUGGACCCUUACCGCCAAGAAGAACUAUCGCCCCGAGAAGAAUGGCGGCACCCUCCUGCUCGACAGGGACUCCUUUCGCCUCUGGUGCCUCUUCAACUUCCUGUCUGAGGACAAGUAUCCCUUAAUCAUGGUUCCUGAGGAGGUAGAAUAUUUACUCAAGAAGAUCUGCACAGCUAUGAGUGCGGAACUUAAUUGUGUGGAGCUAGAGGACUACAUUUCCCAGGAUGCUGUGCAGCAGAGCGGAUUUACUGUCUGGGUUUUCCUAGACAUGAUGAAUUCUGGGAAGCUGACACGAGGCUCUGACAGGGAAUCCCUGAGCAUGGCUAUUGAGAAGGUGUACAGGGAAAUAGUUGGUGAAGUACUAAAAGAGGGCUACCUGUGGAAGAAAGGGCAGAUACGCAGGAACUGGACAGAGCGUUGGUUCAAGCUCAGGCCCAGCACCCUGACCUACUACGUCAGCGAGGACUGUAAAGAGUGCAAGGGCAACAUCACACUGGAUCACAACUGCUGUGUGGAGGUGCUUCCAGAGAAAGAUGGGAAGAGGUGCAUGUUCUGUUUAAAAACGCUGACCAGAACGUACGAGAUGAGUGCCUCCGACACCAAGCAGCGCCAGGAGUGGACCUCAGCCAUCCAGACGGCCAUUCGGCUGCGUACGGAGGGGAAGUCCUCCCUGCACGUCGACCUGAAGCUCAGGCGGCGGGAGCAGCGGGAGCAGAGGGAGAAGAGGCGCGCGGCCAGGGAGGAGGAGCAGCAGAAGCUGCAGGCCCUGCAGGGGGAGAAGGAGGAGAAGCUGGCGGAGCUGGAGCUCCUGAGGGAGGCGCAGCGACAGGCGGAGGCCCUGCUGGAGCAGGAGGAGCAGCGCCGGAGGCAGCAGCGCGAACAGCUGCAGCAGGCAUUGGAGGUGCAGCUGCAGGAGGCUGAGGAGGCGCGCGCCAGCAUGCAGGUGGAGAUGGCGCUGAAGGAGGAGGAGGCGGAGCGGCAGCGGAAGAGGAUCCGGGAGCUGGAGGAGAUGCAGCAGCGCCUGGAGGAGGCGCUUCACCUGGAGAUCAAAGCCCGGCAGGAUGAGGAGGCCUUCCGCUACGCGCAGGCCAGGCUGCUGGUGGAGGAGGAGGAGCGGAUGAAGGCCCUGAUGGCUCUGCAGGAGGAGCAGGAGGAGCUCAUCCUGAAGACCCAGCGGGAGAAGCAAGAGCUCAGGCAGGAGAUGGAAAGCAAAUCCCGGGCUCUGGACGAGGCCCAGCAGCAGCUGGAGGAGGUCCGGGCCAACCGCCACCGAGUGGACCAGGAUGUGGUGGCUGCCCAGAGGAAGCUACGUCAAGCCAGCACCAAUGUGAAGCACUGGAACGUUCAGAUGAACAGACUCAUGCACCCAAUCAGACCUGGAGAGAGAAAGCUAUCCAUCGGGGGCUCUUCCUUCCCCAGCGUCCACGCGCCUUCACGGAGAGACAGCGGACUGCGACGUCAGCGAUCGGAGGGCAGUAACGAGUCCAAGGAGAACGUGGACAGCGGCGGCGGCGGCGGGGAAGCGGAGAGACGCCUCUCCCAGGCGUCCAGCAUGGACAUCCCCUGAAACUCCAGAUUCCAAACUGGGGCGUUUAGCUGGGGGGGAGGGGGAUUUGUUCUGCUCAUGAUUUUAACCAUGUCCCUGGUUAGAACGUGUACCAUCUCCAUGACAACGUCCGCAACAGCAUAUGAUAAUAAGAAAACUCUGAGCCUAUGAGACUGCAGCGAAGGAGUGUGUGUGUGUGUGUGUGUGUGUGUGUGUGUGUACUGUUACUGAAUUCAUGCAGCUGUGCUUGUUUCUCAGAGCAGUGUAAACCAGGUUUCAGUUGAGACAAAUCCUAUUGUGGUCUCAACGUGAGCACAAACAAGAUCUCAUUCGCACACUGCGCGGCUCAACAGGUCUUAUCUCACACGUUACACGCUAAUCCCGCGGCACAAGCGCAUGCCGCUGGUUAAUGCGCCAGUUGAUGUUAUUGUAGGAUCUCACUCCCUUCUGCGGGAAAUCUGACAAAAUGUCAGACCUUAGCAACCUUUCAAACCGGGGAUAGAUUCUGAGUAGCCAGGAAAUUUUCAAAGAUGUAAGAUAUUUUUUUUUUGGACCUGGGUUGCUGGGUUCAUAUUGUGUACAUUAUUGUAUUUUCCAGUGGUCUUCCUUGUCAGUGUCAGGGCCAUGGCUGUGAUUUUAAUGGGUAGAGCAAGGCCAGAGGAGAAGGACUGAAACAGAGUACAGCACUCUAGGUGUUCUUGGUAUUGUAAAAUCUCUAACAAACUGUUUUUUAAAGAAAGUCCAAAAAUCUUUUGAUUAAAUUAAGCAUACAAUGUAAAAAAUAAAACAUUUAAAUAAAUACAUUUGAAAAGA